CUCUCUGUUGCAUUUCCCGUCCUGUCCUUCCACCCGGCGGCUUAAACCCUAGUUCUCACUCCCAUCGCCGCUUCAGCUCCGCCGCUGCAGAUGGAGUUCUGGGGUCUCGAGGUCAAGCCUGGUUCCACUGUUAAGUGUGAGCCUGGAUAUGGCUUUGUGCUGCACCUUUCCCAGGCUGCUCUUGGGGAAUCGAAGAAGAGUGAUAAUGCCUUGAUGUAUGUCAAAAUUGAUGAUCAGAAACUUGCCAUUGGAACCCUCUCUGUUGACAAGAACCCACACAUACAAUUUGAUCUGAUUUUCGAUAAAGAGUUUGAGCUGUCGCACACAUCAAAAACUACCAGCGUUUUCUUCACUGGCUACAAGGUUGAGCAGCCAUUCGAGGAAGAUGAAAUGGAUCUUGAUUCUGAAGAUGAAGACGAGGAGCUGAAUGUUCCAGUAGUCAAGGAAAAUGGCAAAGCUGAUGAGAAGAAACAGAAAAGUCAAGAAAAGGCAGUUGCUGCACCUUCAAAAUCAAGUCCGGAUUCCAAGAAGAGCAAGGAUGACGACGAUUCUGAUGAGGACGAGACUGAUGAUUCUGAUGAGGAUGAGACGGACGAUUCUGAUGAGGGUUUGUCUCCUGAAGAAGGCGAUGAUGAUUCAAGUGAUGAAGAUGAUACCAGUGACGAUGAGGAGGAAGACACUCCAACUCCUAAGAAGCCUGAGGUAGGCAAGAAGAGAGCUGCUGAAAGUUCCGUGCUGAAAACUCCUCUAUCUGAUAAGAAAGCAAAGGUUGCCACACCGUCAUCUCAGAAGACAGGUGGCAAGAAGGGCGCCGCCGUCCAUGUGGCAACUCCACACCCAGCAAAAGGCAAGACCAUUGUAAACAAUGACAAAUCGGUCAAGUCUCCAAAAUCUGCGCCAAAAUCUGGUGUCCCUUGCAAAUCGUGCAGCAAGUCAUUCAUCAGUGAGACGGCACUUCAGGCUCACUCGAAGGCGAAGCAUGGGGGCAAGUGAGUCGCAGGUCCAAUAGAGUCAACAACAAAUGCGAAACAUGGGAGAGGAGGGUAAGCGAGAGUCUCGAAAGAGUGUCGGUGGAAGUAGGCCUAACCUUAUUUUGUUUAGAGACGGGCUAUGCGUUCGAUGUAGCAAAACAAGGCUGUGGUUUGUGUACUUCAAUAUUUGGGUUGUGUGUU